AUGGAGCGAGGGAGACAAACUAAGAGUUCUAGUUUCCGCAGUGAACGCAGUGAUUUUAGUGAGUUGUAUCUAAUCUGGGUAGGCGAUUUUGAGAAGGAUGAACGUUUUGCAAGGUUUCAUGCUCAAUUUGACAGAAACGACUUUGAACCGAAGACCAUGUCAAUUCACACCCAUCGAAACCAUAUUUCCAUGGGAAGUAAAUAUGGCAACCCAUUCGGCCAUUACCAAUUGAACAGUACUUUAUGUUCAUGCUUGAUCGACCCACAGCACGCAACUAUCCGAAGAGAGCCAAAUGGAUCAUUUCGAUUGCUUGAUCAUAGCCAAAGUGGCACAUUUGUUAAUUAUAGAAGGAUUUCCAAUUUCGCUGAUCUUAGCCACGGCGACAUUAUUUGUUUUGGCCACCCUGACUCUACUGGUAUAAAACGGGGUAAGGUAGUAGAACCCUACUAUUGGGACCUCAAGUAUAAAGCAUUUAUUGGAGCUCAAGAAGAUGUUUUGCUAAAAAUUGGCGAAGCAUUAAAUAAGGAAGAAAUAGAUCGAACUAGUGUAUCAUUAUCUAUUCAACUCGUAAUAGCAAUGUUGGAGUACGAGAAGCUGAAUACCGAUACGGAUUAG